UUUUUUAGUCACUCCAUAACCAUCGUCACCAUCUCGACAAUAGCGUACAGCAUCAUCUUCGUGCUGGCCCUCGUUAAUAACAUCAUCGUACUGACUGUCGUUCAGAAAUUUCCACCGAUGAAAUCAGUCACCAAUUACUUCAUCGCUAAUUUGGCAUCGGCUGACCUUUUCGUGACCUUUCUUGUUCUACCCUUCACUCUGCUGUCAAAUAUUCUCACCGAAUGGCAUUUUGGCUGGUUUCUCUGUAAGGUGAUUCCCUACAUGCAAGCAGUAUCUAUCCUCAUAUCCAUCAACACUCUAUCGGCCGUCGCCAUUGAAAGAUUUUGUGCUAUCAUGUAUCCGGUACAAGUGAUAAUAACAAGAAAGGUAGCCAUGUAUAUUAUCGUCGUCAUCUGGAUUCUUCCAGCCUGCAUACAAAUCCCCUGGAUAUUCUUCUACAGGAUUCUGGUGGAUCGGGGCAUGACGAGGUGUACGAUGGACACAAAUGAUCCCAAUCUAUCCAUCUUCAUUCUGGCUGUCAUCGUUGUUUUCUACGUUCUUCCUCUUCUUCUCAUGUCCCUUCUCUACGCCAUCAUCGCCAUUAAGGUGUGUCGACGUGACGUGAGUUCCAUUCGAGGAUCGCAGACGGAUCGAAUGAUUCAGGCUUCGAAGACACACGUCAUUGGAAUGUUGAUGACCGUGACGUUCGUGUUUGCGUUGUCAUGGCUACCCCUCUACAUCCUACAAUUCCGCAACAUGUUCUACUCCUCACACAUGAACAAGAAUGAGUUCAAAGCCUACAAGUACAUCGUUCCGUUCGCCAAAUGGCUGGGAUCUGCCAACAGUUCCAUCAACCCACUCAUAUACUGCUACUUUAGUAAAACAUUUCGC